CAUGUAUCACUUUGGGCUUUCCAUCCUAAAUAAACUCACCUCUCUCAUCCCCACAUGAAACUAUUUUAGACAUGUUCACAUUUCUGAAUAGAACACAUUGCAUUUAAUAUUAUUCAGACCGGUGAGCUGCGUGAAGAUAUAAGAUCUGAGAACCGAAAUAUUUAACAGCACAUGAGAGCAUAAAUAAUUGCAACCAGCUGAUAAUCCUUUAUGAUCAUGUAGGUGUAGUAAUAAGUAAUGUCCAUAUAUGUAUAUUUUGCAGUUAGCAAUUGAAAACACAACAGUGCAUUCGUUUAUGUUUGUUCGAGAGUUUGAUGACAUGAACGUUAUUAGGUCUUGUAUAUUAUUGAAAGGAAGUAAAUGUAUUCAUAACCAAACUAAAGGCGAAACUCUACUAAUUUGAGACAUUCAUGUAAUGUUCAAGUCCAUAGAAUACACUCGCAUAUUUUCCCAAGAUCGUAAGAGCAAUAUUUAACUACGCGGAGAUCGUUUAUAAAAGACUUUUCAAAAGUCAAAAUAAAUAAUUAACCACAGACGAAUGUUUUGAAAUAUUAUACUAAGCGAUAGUUUCUUCCUUAUUCAAUACUCUGCUUUGAAUUACUUUCUAUUAAAUAUUCUCUAUUCUACCCUGACAAGAACAAUAGCUAAAUGAACUGUUUAUUUUACGCCUAUUAUGAAGCAUUGUUAUUCAAGUACCAGUAAGGGAGGCUAUUGGGCACUUGCACAAGGAGGAAGUACUAUACCACACACAGAGAUAUAAUAUGUAUUGCUUGUGUCGGUACUCGAUCAUUGCAACAUGGCAUGUCUGCCAGUGAUGUACGCCUUGUGCUGGCUGGUCAUGGCUUCAAGUGUAUCAGAAGCCAAAGAGGAAGAAACAAACACCUUCACGCUUAAUCCAAGCCGGAGGAUCUAUUCGAAUGUUUAUCCACAAACUGGUACUACAAAACAUGUCCAAGAGGGUACAAAUGUUACGCUUGUUUGCCAAAAUGCCCCUGAGAAUGAGAAGAAUGUCAAUGUUCUAUGGUACAGAACGAAAGGAACACACGAAGCAUACAGUAUGUUUGUCCGCUGUCACAUAACUUCGGGCACCGUAAAGACACUUGAUGGAAAAGCAUCUUGUUUCAACAAAUCAUAUGGAUUGAUGAUACACAAUAUUGAUAAACAGAAUGAAGAGAGAUGGUAUUGUCUAGUAGAUAACACGUUCCAAAGUCAAUAUGUUGAAAUCAAAGUCGACAGGCAUGACGAAUCUACUUCACAAAGAAUCAGUUCACCCACGGCAACUACGGUGAAAGAUGUCACAUUAACAUCAAAGUCAACAAAAGGCACGACAGAAUAUACAACAGAAGGUACAGAUAAGGAAUCGGCAUCCAUAAACACACUGGUUCCUCUGAUUGGCGGAGCUGCAGGCGGUGCGUUCGUCUUAUUGGCUCUCGUGAUCACUGGCUGCGUUCUUUACAGAUCCCAGAGGGAGGUGAACAAGCCUAAUGAUGAACCGGCAUCAACAACAGAUUCCAACAGGUAACAUAAUGUAAUACAUAUAUGUCUCGUGUCAAGGGAAAUAGAUAAAAUAGCUUCAAUGGAAUGUUCUUAUGCUACUUAAAAGGAAGUGACAUUUUCUCUCACUGAUCCGUAUACACAUUUCGUGAACCAUUGCUACAUACAUCUUGAUAUCCCGAAGCAACGUAUGUCCCUUUACUCUUGUUUAUUGUUUAUUCAGCAAGGUUAAAUAGGCAAUAUAGGUAAACAUUAGACAUUUGUAAAGAUCAUGAGGGCAGUUGUAUGUACAAACAAAAAUAUUAUUUUUGAAUAUAACUGAGCAAAUGUGGUUAGAUAAGUAGUUGGUUAGCUUAGAUUAUAUUUAUCACUGUCACUGUACAUAUACAAACAACCUGAACACGCCACAAGUGCUACUCUGACAAUCGAAUGCAGAAACAUGUAUCCUGAACUUUAAGGUGGGCAGUAUAUUAUUCCAUACUGCAUUGUUU